GAUUGCUGGAAGCAGAAAAUAAAGGAAAUCCAUCGAGGAGAUACUUCGGUGGUUGGUGACAAACCUCAGAUUAAAGACUCAGCGACCAUUCACUGUCAUUCCGGCGAGUUAACUCCGAUAGGCAGACAGAGCGAUUCUUGAUUCCCCAAGGGAUACGAAUUAGUCGAUUCUUUCUGACUCGAAGAGAUUUUACAAAGAAGAACACCACGGCGGACACGAUGGCAGUCGCAGCAGCUCAAAAGAACCGUGAAAUGUUCGCGAUCAAGAAGUCCUACAGUAUUGAGAAUGGCUACCCGUCGAGAAGGCGGUCUCUUGUGGAUGAUGCUCGCUUCGAAUCGUUAGUCGUGAAGCAAACGAAACAGAGCGUUCUGGAAGAAGCACGUCAACGAGCGAAUGAUGAUCAGUCGAGCGAUGAUGAACAGGUGGAAUCAUUGGCCUGCGCAGCCAAGGACGGAGAAGCCAAAGCUGAAGUUUCGUCGGAUAGCGAUAUCGGCAAAGCAGAUGAGGAUUAUGAUGAUGACGCCGGGUUGACCGAAGAGGAAGUAGUGCUGGCAAAGACGAUCGCUGAGAGUCCGGAGAGCGAAUACAGCGUGCAAAAAGCGGCGCUGGUCCUGCGUAUGAGAGAAGGAAUCGGUUCCCUGGCGAGGAUCUUGAAGACGAUCGAGAAUUUUAAGGGAACGGUGACCCAUGUCGAGUCUCGAGCCUCAAAGAAGGAAGGGAUAAAGUUUGACGUACUGGUGAAGGUCGAUAUGACCAAGCAGAGUCUGCUUCAACUGAUCAGGAACCUCCGUCAGAGCGUCGCGUUGGACGGCGUCACUUUGCUCGCGGACAACUCCGUCAGCAUCAAGGAUCCUUGGUUCCCCAGGCACGCGUCCGAUCUGGACAACUGCAACCACUUGAUGACCAAAUACGAGCCCGAUCUCGACAUGAACCAUCCCGGAUUCGCUGACAAGGAGUACCGUGCUCGUAGGAAGGUGAUCGCAGAAAUCGCGUUCGCGUACAAGUACGGCGACCCGAUACCCAACAUCCCUUACACCGAAACGGAGAACGAGACUUGGUCCCGCGUGUUCAACACGCUGAUUGAUCUGGUCCCGAAGCACGCUUGUAUAGAGUAUCAAAAAGUGUUCAAGAAGAUGCAGGAGGAGAAAAUCUUCGAACCGCACCGUAUACCGCAACUGCAGGAAGUCAGCGAAUUCUUGAAGAAGAACACCGGAUUCAGCUUGAGACCUGCGGCUGGCUUGCUCACCGCCAGGGACUUCUUGUCCAGUCUCGCCUUCAGAGUGUUCCAGAGCACUCAAUACGUCCGUCAUAUCAACAGCCCGUACCAUACUCCUGAACCAGAUUGCAUCCACGAACUCUUGGGACACAUGCCGCUACUUGCCGAUGCUAGCUUCGCACAAUUCUCCCAAGAGAUCGGGCUGGCUUCUCUCGGCGCCUCAGACGAGGAAAUUGAGAAAUUAUCCACCAUUUACUGGUUCACCAUCGAGUUCGGUUUAUGCAAGGAGGGUUCGGAAGUGAAAGCUUAUGGCGCAGGACUUCUGUCCGCUUAUGGAGAACUCCUUCACUCGGUGAGCGAUAAGUGCGAGCAUCGACCGUUCGAUCCAGCUACCACCGCUCUUCAAAAGUAUCAGGAUCAAGAAUACCAGCCGAUUUACUACGUAGCGGAGAGCUUCGCAGACGCCAAAGAGAAAUUCCGUCGUUGGGUGGCCACCAUGAGCAGACCCUUCGAAGUUAGAUACAAUCCGCACACUCAACGCGUCGAGGUGCUCGACAGCGUUGAUAGGUUGGAAGGCUUGGUCUCCCAGCUGAACACGGAGAUGACCCAUCUCACGAAUGCCAUCAACAAGUUAAAGGGUUCCUUCGCGUAAAUCACCCUAUAACGCAACACGACUACUCCUCUCUCGCAGAAAAUCAUCGAGUUCUCAAACCCAACCUCUCUCCUCGAGACCCGUAGAAAAUGCUCAUGUUAAAUUCAGUUCAAGUCAACCGCAGACCCAACUUCAGUUAUCCUAAAUGCGCAUAUAGGUAUAAUUAUAAAUUUCGUUGAAAAAUCGAGAUCUUGACUCGGUGAUCUAUACGUGACGUCAUUCGCAUCAUUGUUCGCAUUAAGUCUCACUCUGUGUAUAAAGUCGCCCAUCCGCGUAGCUGAACGCGCGAGCGCGUAUUCCAAUUCGGUGUUCAAAUUAGAUUACUCGUAUUAUUCACAAUACGAGCGACGCCGACGUGUUUAACCGCGCCUCACGUGUUAUUUAUUGAAUUCGCGUUCUCUUGCAAGGAAGAAAGUAUUAUUGGAGGAUCUCCGUGUCUGAACGGGCCAACGGGCUCGGUUCCGGUACGCCUUAAACGUUUCGCGCGUGUAUAUUUCGUAACGUCAUACUGUGUUGUAUUUUAUUCUAUUGUAUUAAUUAUUAUUAUUACGUUGAACAUGAAGUAAUCGCGUAGUCGCGUUCCAAUUUUUGCUUCAUCCAGCCGUUUUCAUUAGAACGUAAUCGACGUUGCGCUGUCCUCGCCUAUUAGCUGUGUAGCAGGACGGCUAGUAUUAUAAAGCAAUGUAGGUUCUUUAUAUUAGAUAAUUAUUAACGAACGGAUAGCUCUUGAGAAACGCGUCCGUCCUCCGGCGCGAUAGACAAUAAUCGAAGGUAAACGAUCAUUUGCGGUGCACUCAUGCUAAUCGACAAUCGUACAAGGCAGAGAAUUACUUUUAUUUUUAUAUACAUGUGUACGGCUCAGUUUUGAAAUAGCAUAUACGAUCGUUCGAUGAGAACGAAGAACGGGGGACGGCGUUUACCUUUCUCGAGAUGCUCAUUGACCAUUCGCCGGCAAUAACUUCGAUAAUGAAGUCCGUGUUGUAUUUAGAGACGCACCAAGUCUAGCGUGUAGUGAGAAUUCUCGCUUGUACGCACCCUGCACUACUUUUUCUCUCCUCCCGGUCGCUAACUCGUACCAAAUGCGAUUUCCCGCGUUCACGUCGACGCGCACCUACAGCGCGUUUCCGUUCACCUGUAGAAGACGUCCGACGCGUUCGCUAGAUUUUCUUUGUAUUAUAUUGUAAAGUAUUCAGAGCAUAAUAAAAGUCUAAGAUAUGAAUCUUA